CACAUUCUGUUUUUUCCUUGAUAAAGUCUAUUAAAGUGAAAUUGAUAGUUCACCAGGGUAGAGAUUUUAUAUAUUCAAUGGCAGCUGCUCUUGUUUAUGCUUCCGACAUGAUCGCUGUUCCCCUCCCCCCGCCCAGUGUGCCUUCUAUACUGUGAAGCAGCGACAAUUGGCGGCGGUGGUCAUAUCACAGCCUUUCCAGAGCUGCACUAUAUGACUUUGUCUCAAAUUGGCACACAGAUUGCCCGUUUUCACUGAUACACCUUUCAGAUCUCCAAUGCCGGAUCUCACCCGGGAAUUGGGAACGGGUCCUUCCCGGGUGGGAUCCGACAUUGGACCCUCUGCGCUGGCUUCCUGACCCGGCAAGAUGUCGGGUCGGUUGCCAUAGCGGUGGGGGGCGGAGGUGAGGGCGGCGCUGGGAGAUGAGCUUAUAUCCGUGCCGCCUCUCCCUAUGUAGUAAACGUGUCCCAGGUCGCAUCGACCUGGGAAUCUGUUUACGCUGCCACUGACCCGGUAUUCAACAUGGGAAUAACCCUUCUUAUUACCUGGGUUGAAUUACCGUGUCAGGCGACCCGAGAAUUCUCCAAGGCCCCUUUCACAUCGCACAUUUAACAGUGUCGAUUGCCGGGUCGAUACCGGAUUAUUUUGGCGAUGUGAAAGGGGUAAUAGACAGUAUUGUUUUAUCCAUAGUGUGUGAACCCCAAGAGGGACAUGUUUUCAUUGUGUCUCUGGCGCAUACAGUACCUGUCCCUUUUUAUCUCUCAAUUUUUUUUUCUUUAUUGCUAUUCAUGAUUUAGUAGUGAGCAAACCUGUUAAGCUGUAUGUAUGUGCUAUGAAUACUAUCAAUAUCUAUGCAAUCAUAAAAGAAAAGAAAAAAAAAGAUGGCUUAUUUAGUGUCCAUUUUGAUCUGAAUAGAAGUUUUAGGUGUCUAGCUGUAUACAGUAUGUGACAGUCUUUUUACUUCUUCACUGCAAAUACAUAUGGUAAAGCUAAAAUGUAUUCAAAUACGGACCAGGAUGUAAUGUGAGCCGAUAAUGCCACCCGGGAAAUUAUCGCAUCACAUCAAACAUUACAGAUGUGUGUCUAUUUCCCGGAACUUGGCCAGUGAAGAGCCGUGCAUCUUUAUCCCGGCUUCUGCGUAUCUGAUCCAAGUUGUUGCGAUAUUUGGACUAUAAAACAUCCGAUAAUUUCGGAUAGGAGGUCCACAAUAUCAGAGAAAGUCACCUUUGGGCGCCCAAAAUUCCCAUGAUAAAAGCAACACACAUCCUAAAUAAACCCCCAGUCCUCCAGGACACACAAGCAGCUUAUGAUGAUUUAAAUGAUACACAGCAUGGCUUUAUUAUGAGUGUAAUUACAACUGUAUCAGCAUACCUAAUUAUGUUAGUGUUUGGCUGGAAUACACUGUAGCAUAACGUUUUGUAUGCAGAUACAGUUGCUAUUACACACAGAAUAUAGACAUUGUUUCAUUUUAGAAGCAAAACGGUGCUAAUAAGACGCACACGCAGCUCCUGAUAUGCAGCAUGCCUAUAUUCUGUGUGUAAUAGCAACUGUAUUCCAGCCAAAUACUGUAACAUAAUUAGGUAUGCUGACAGUUGCAAUUACACACAGAAUAUAGCCAUGCUGUAUAUCAUUUAAAUCUGCAUACGCUGCUUGUGCGUCCUAAUACAUCCCUUUGUGCAUCAGACGCAUUUUCCUGUGCAAAAAUGACGUACACUACAACGCUUUUGGAUUUGUAAAAGUUUUGUAAAAGACUAGCGACAAAAUGUAAUAGCCUCCGCGUUCUGGAGGUGUGGGAAUUUUGUGCAAGUUUUUUAAAGCAUCAAUCAUUUACCAGACACACCAGGUUUGUUAUGCCUUGUAAAUGAUUGCCGCUUUAAAAAAAUGGGCAGACUCGCAGAAAAUUCCUACACCUCUGGAACUCGGAGACUCUUACGUUUUGCCACUAGUCUUAUACCUGGACCAACAACGUUUUUGGAUUUGUAAAAGACUGUUUGUUUGUUUUUUAGUGUACAAAUUUAUUGAAAAUUAUUUAUUUAUUGCAAAUGUGCUUGAAAAAUGUUGGAUAUCAAUUAUAACUAAUGCGACCAAAAAAAUCCCUCUAAAUUCUUUGAGCGUUUAAGAGCUGUUGUGUGUCUGACUUGCAACAUUGAACUCCAUUACAUCAGGCGAGUUGUAUACUUGACAUGGGCAAAACAUCUGGAUCCGACUUUUGAUCAGGAGCUCUACUUGAGAGGUGAAAGUGUCCCAAAAAUCAGUUUUGCGGCUGUUAAUACAUUAGCCAACUUUGCAAAUUGCCCGAUUUUUGCGACUAUAGCUGUAAGUUCUCUCUAUUGUUUGAAAUUAUAUAUAAUAAAAUUGUCCCUCUUCCUGCUGUGGUAACAAUCAAAUUUUGGAUUGUUCUGUAAACCUAAAGCUGGAUACGCACUUAGACUGUAUCAGCCCGAUAUGUUGUUUCUGGCAGUAUUGGAAUGACAAAUCGGGAAUAUCGCUUAGUGUAUAUGCCCAAUUUGCCAGUGGCCGUGGUUGCUAGCAAUGUCUCCCGGUCAGCCUUACCCUACAGCCUAUUUGGUGAUAAAGCUAGCGACCGCAACAUAAGUAAUAAAGGAAGGAGCGAAAUGUCGCUCUGACUUUCAUUACAUCGCUCCCUGCGUACCCAGGAUGCGAUGUAUAUAGGCCCGCCAGCCAAAUAUAUCUGCUGGGAACACUUUGUCCCAGUGUGUACACAGCUUAAGAGUACAGAUGACUAAAGAUUCCUGUUGGAGGCUAGAUAAUAAGAGAAAUAUCUCUAACCACACCUGUAAUAAUAAAUGUCCCUCAGACCUAAUCAAUUGAGGCAAAUUAACCUAAGGUUGUAGUGUAAACAUUCGCCAAAGGCUCUUGGUACACAGUUGUCCUUAAGUGGACAUAAAUUCUCACAUGAAAGGCAGAGAGAAUGUGGGCUGAUGCACUACAAAAAAGUAGGAGUACUUCUACGUAAAAAACAUUUGUAGAUACAUCAAUUACUGUAUACCAGAGGUUCUCAAACAUGGUCCUCAAGGCACCCCAACGGUCCGGGUUUUAAGGGUAUCCAUGCUUGGCCACAGAUGACUUAAAUAGUACCUCAAUAAAUUUGAUUUAGCCAUCUGUGCUGAGCAAUGGAUCUACCUAAUACCUGGACAAUAGAGGUGCCUUGAGGACUGCCUUUGAGAACCUCUGCUGUAUACUAUAGUCACGGAUGACUUCUCUGUUAUUGUAGACUGGUGACAUCAUGUAUGGAGACCCUAGGUACCUCUGUAGUAGUAAUGCCCACACCACUGCUAGUACAAGAUGCCGCAGUUUAGGAAAAGGGGGAGGGGGUGUUGUUUGUAUUCUGCAGCACGUGCCCGAGAUCCUGCUUCUCUCAGCAGUAAGUACAAGGGGAGGGGGAGAGAGUACAGUACAUAGAACACUGGCCGGGUCUGCUGCCGCUGUCCCUGGUGCUGAAGGUCAAUGCUUGCAUCGGAGAUCCGGGUGCAAGAUAGCACAAAGGGUCUCAGGAUGAGGAUGCCACAUACCUUGCUGAUGCUAAGAUAAUAGCGGUUCAUGUCUGUGAGUGGAUCCUUAUGGCUAAUGGUCAUGCAUAAGUGAGGACCAGGUCAGAUGUGCUUAACAUACGAUGGAGCAGACAGUGCAGGUGGCAGUGCUGGGUGCACCUGGAGUUGGCAAAUCCGCAAUUAUCCGGCAGUUUGUAGCCCAGGAGUUCCGGGAGGAAUACACUCCGACAGAGAGCAGGCAGCUGUACCGCGCCUCUGCUGUCCUCAGCGGGAGGAUGUAUGAGCUCCUCAUCCUGGACUUACCCACUCUGCACAGGUACCCUGGCUCUGCCAGACAGGAGUGGCUGGAUCCACGCUUUCGUGGGCUCCGGAACAGCAGAGUCUUUAUCUUGGUCUUCGAUAUCUGCAGCCCUGAGAGUUUUCACCAUGUUAAACAGUUGAGGCAGCAAAUCAUAGACAGCACAAGCAAGCCACCACUAAUAGUGGUGGUCGGAAACAAGCGAGACCAGCAGAAGCAUCGCUUUGCACCACGUCAUGUUCUGUCCAUACUGGUGAAGAAGAACUGGAAGUGUGGGUACCUAGAAUGUUCAGCCAGGAGCAAUUGGCACAUUCUCCUACUUUUCAAGGAACUUCUCAUCAGCACCAUGACAAGAAGCAGGAGCACCACCCCCAGCAUCUGCCUCCAGGGGGCACUGCAUAGAGAGCGUUGCAGUAUAAUGUGAUCUGCACCACACAUUAGGGAGUCAGCUCAUUGAUAGUCUAGCACAGGUAUUCCCAACCACGGUCCUCAGGGCACACCAACAGUGCAGGUUUUAGUGAUAUCCAGGCUGCAGCACAGAUGGUUAAAUCAAAAUAACUGAGCUACUAAUUAAGU